AUUUGAAUGAAUCAAAUGAUAAUUCUUGACGGACAUAAAAAUUUUAUACAGAUAAAAAGAGAAAUCUAUAUUCAAGGAUUUUAUUUCUGUGAUUGUAAAUUAAUAUUUUUGUGAUAAUUCUUGUAUUUUUGUUAUAUUCGUAGUUACAUAUAGCCAGUUUGAAUUCGUGAUGGCUUGCCUUGAAACACCAAUAGCAAACGGAGAUUCCGAAAUGGAAGAAGGAGAAAUAGUGGACGAAGCUGAUGACCUCUCGGAUAUAUCAUCAGAGGAAGAGUUUUUGCUACGGCAGCGGUUACAAGUGUUAGAAAAUUAUAACAAUGUCUUAGAACGCAAGGAAGCCAAACGGACUUCUGUUGGGUCAGAUAAUGCUGCAGAUGUUUGCAGAGCAGAGGCUGAUAAAAGUGUAACAAAAUUGACUUUAAAAAUUACUAAAACACAAAAACCUGUUAAAGUUCAACAUAAACAAAAGAGAUCAAAGAUUAUUAAUAAACAAAGUACUAAAAUUAAAGAACAUAAGAGGAAAAAUCACCGCAUUAAAAAGAAAAUUACAAUUGUAAGUGAUAGUGACAUAUCAGACGAUGAAUACAGAAAUAAAAGACGAAGAUUGGAAAAUGCAGUUUGUUUAAGCAACAUUAAACAUGACACAACAACUUUAAAAGAUCGUCUUUCGAAAAUGCUUUGUGAAUCCAAAGCUGAAGCUCCUAAUAUUGAGGCUCCUUGUGAAAUAAUAAAAUCUCCAGAAACAAUAAAAAACAAUACACUUGAAGUAGAAAAUAACAAAGAAGAACCUAAUUUAGCAGUUAGUGUAGAGAAGUCUGAAAAUAUUAAUACUAUUGAACCGAUACAUAUUUGCAGUGAUGAAAAUCUAAGUAAACCAGAAGAAAUAUCGCAGGAUGUAAUUGAUACAGUUGUUAUUGAAAACAAAGAAGAAUCACAUAGUGAUUGCAAUUCUGACGAAGACUUAGAAUUGCUUCGGCAAAUGGCACUGAAAACAAAAUCUGUUAAAAUAGCCAUGCACAAAGAUCAAAAGUCCACAAAAAGCAAAGCACCUAUAAUAUCAGAAGAUGAGGAUAGUGACACAGCAGAGUUAAGAAUGAUUUGCCUAAAGUCAGCUUUAUUGAAAAAAGCUAUUGAAAUAAAGCAAAAACAGAAAUUACAGAAGAGACUUUCGCAAUCGUCUAUUGUGCCAGAUGACUUUGAUAUAGAAAAACCUGAAAAUGAUAUAAAUGUAGAUAAUAACACUGACAUUGAAUCAGUUGAUAUGGAUAUUGGAUCAGAUGCUGAAGACAAAGGAAAGAUUAUUAACGAUUCCAAUCAAAAGAAUGAAACUAAAAUUAAUAAUAAUAUGAUAAAAGAUGAGUUAGAAGAUGAUGAAGAUUUAUUGCGAGCAAAGUUACUAACUUCUCUGAGUAAAAAUCUUCCUAAUCUAGUGCAGUUAAAUGAUUUAGAUUCUGUUCUAGCUAAACCAGUUGUUAAGUCUGAAAAUACUGCCAAGGUACCUCCUCAACCUCAGCCAGAAGAGAAGAAAUUUAUUAUCCAACUGAGAGAAUCUGAUUCUGAAGGUGAAAAUGAAGCUACGAAAAAUUUGACUAAAAUGCACAUGAAGUUAUCAGAACAACAGGAAUUCCAAAACAAGUUAGAUCUCUUCCUAAAGUCGACACGAAUGGAAGUUGAAAAAAGUAAAUUGCCAGAUGUUGUUCAGAAACCUACACAAAAAGUACCAGAAAAAUUUGUAAUCAAGGCCAUGAAUCAUUUACCAAAAUCCGAACAAAUAGAGUACAAAAACUUAGUCAAGAGAAUGGCUGAAUUGGAAAAAUUGAAACAAGCUAGACAGAACGCUACUAUUGCUAUUAAUAAAGUAUCCACGCCAAAAGAAACUCUUAAACCUAGGAAUUUAUCAAUUGAAGCAUACAAAAUAGCUUAUGCAAAAAAAAUAGAAGACAAAAUCGCCCAGUCAAGAAAAAAUAUAGCCGAACAAUCAGGAAAAAUGCUCAGUUUGAAGGAAGAGGCCACAAAGCUAUCACAGAAAUAUAAAAUUGUUGCUACAGAACUGAGAAAUAUUGCUACUGCUAUAACCAUGAAUAAAAAACAACAAAAACUUUUGCAGAUUGGUUUAUCAAAAAUAAGACACCAACAUCAAAUGUUGAUAAAAAGCUCACCAGUAAGACAUUCCAACAGCCAAAACAUACAGAUUGGUCGACAACUGGAUAAAAUUAUAAAUACAACCAAAUUACAAAAAGAAAAUGAUCCAUCGACUGAAGAACACAAAAAUAUCGCUAUGCUGAAAUCUGUUAAAGUUAGCGUCGUUAAUAAUUUUAAUAACGACAAUAUUCAAUCGAAAGGCGUUCCUCCAAGACUGUCAGUACAAGUAGAUAUGAGUAACAACAAGAAAGUAGUAAAGAUGCCGAGUCCUAUAAAAGACAGAGUGGUUGAUAUUAAGAAAACAAUUACAAAAUCACAUAUCAGUGACGUAAAAAAUGAAGAAAUAGUUAAUACGACAGACAAGCAAAUAGACACAAGAUGUAGAAAUGAAACAGAAUCCUGCGAUGAGAUUCCAGCAAAUGUAAAUGAUUAUAAAUCGCCAUUAGGCUCUUUACAGUGCAGAAAUUGGGAAGAAGAUCCAAACGGCGUCCUGUGUCCUUUCGAAGUCGGCGGCAGCUGCAGAGACACGGACUGCAAAUACCUCCAUCCCAAACCCCAUAAAACUGAAUGACAAUACAUUACACACGUAUACAAACACAGACAUUCAUACAAUACUUACACAUGUCACAUAACACACGCGAUUGUCUCCCACUGUCCUUUUUAUCUUCAACCGCCUAAGGAUGCCAUUACGUUUGCCGUCAACAGUCGGGGCAGCGGAGCUUCGGGUGUGGUAAGUGAACGUUUAAUAGUGAUCUAAAGUAGUGGUUAUCGACUUGACAUUUUGGUCCAGUGUUGCCAGAACUUCGUGUCGUGUUCAAUUUUAAUGGUAAACUGUGUUUGUGGACUUUUCAUAUCGACUUUAGUUGUUUAUUAUUAAUUCAUUAUACUAUAAAUAUUAUUAUUGAAAUAAAUGUACAAUGUACAUAAUGUAAAAAUAAAGAAGUUAUUAAUAAAGUUAUUUAAAAAUAUUGUAAA